GAUUUAUGUUCUUCCGUCGGUGGUUGUCUCCCGGAGCUCUCCCCAUGUCAUCCUCCCCUUCAACUUCCUCCCCCACUCACAGUCGUCAUGGAAGGCCGAGGGUUGACGCUGAGGAGCAAGUCUCGUCGCCAGCGCCCGCAGAUUAGUGCUCCUAAGCCUAUAUCAGGACCCUUACCCGCCAACCACCGAGCCCCCGAUGCCGGUCGGGCAGUCCCCUCCGGUCGAGAGCGAGCCCCCCCAAACGAUGCCACGUCAGAUCUAGUGAAACGGCGAUACUCGACUCGAUUUAACCAGGCCCCUGAAUUUGAUGCCAACGCCCCUCCAGUUCCAGCGCUUCCACCUCCAGGGCGUGGGGGUUAUGGCGGGCUGGCCCCGGCUGCGAUCCCGAGGCAACCAUCACCCGCGGAUGGGUCAUCGCACGCACCCCGGGUAGACCUGAAUGCACUCCGAGAUCCCAGUUUGCCUGUGGACCGAUACGUGGCUAACCUCCUUGCCAACGCAUCCGAGGAAGAGAUCCAGAAAUACCAGGAAAACCUCCGCAAGGUGAAGAAUCGCACAUCGACGGACUUGCAGCAGAACGUGUACCAGAACCGGACUCAGUUCAUCAAGAUUAGUAAAGAGGCAGAGAAGCUCAAGGAUGAGAUGCGUACUCUGCGCGCCCUCAUGGCGGACCUCACCACAGCGCUUGGGCAGACGUCCGUAGGAAAUGCUCCGAACCCCAUGUCCCCCGUUGACGACCACUUCCCCAAGCGCAAUGCAAACCGCAGCUCUGUCGCCAACUUGGAAAGCAUGUGGAACGUACAGCUACAGACGCUGUGGAAGACAGUCGAAGGAUCACAAAAAUUCCUGCCAGCUGUGCCAGGGCGGCACAUUGUGCUGGAGACCAGCAACUGGGCUGAGCUGGACUCGGCCACCUGGAAGCCCCGGCGGCCCGUUCACAUCAUCCUGUUGAACGAUCAUUUGUUGGUGGCCGCGAAAAAACGCAAGCGGGUAGACCAGAGUCAUCCCAACCAUCAAGGCCCAGUUCCCACGAAGCUAGUGGCAGAGGAAUGUUGGCCUUUGCAAGACAUCGAUAUGAUCGACCUAGCCGCAAACCUGGGAACGGGCGAGGCUCGUGAAGAGGCGCUGGACCGCGGGAUUGCGAAUUCCCUAAGCAUCCGUGUAGGGUCCAAGCCGUUCACGUACCGCCAGGACAAGCGCGACACGACCACCAAGAAUGAGCUGCUGGCUACAUUUCGCAAAACGGUUGAGGACCUGCGACGAACCUUGCGCUCUGAGACCGAGGCGGCCAGCAAACCCCUGGAGGCGUACGGAUAUUUGUCGGGGCGGCUUUCCUAUUCGCAUCCCUCGGAGCCUCUCGAUCUCGCCGAGGUUCCCCGCGACCAGUCAGACCUGCGGAUUGAUGUGGACGGCAAACAGCAGAACCUCCGCUGGGUGGAGGCACAGGUAGAUGAACUCGAUAUCGAUAUCGCGUUGCAGCGGUUUGAGGCGGCGGUGUCUACCAUUGAGCGGCUGCGGAAGCUGGCCAAAGGACUCAAGGGAAAUGCCAUCGCGCAGGAGGUGAUCAGUGCCAAGGUUGACAGCCGAGCGACACGGCUGGCCGGCAUGCUAUUGCGGGCGUUGGUCGACACGCACUCGUUUUUGAUGGCAACCAAAACCAACGUCACCUGGUUGGCCCGCCUCGGGUUUGAAGACCAGGGACGCGAGACUUACCUGAAGGCACGAUCUGAUGUGAUUGCCAAACGCAUUCGGGCUUGUGUGUUUGAAGGCGAUCUGCCUCUCUACAUCUUCCAAAUUUCUUUUGUGUACUUCACCCUUAUUAAAAACACCAUCAACAUCUAUCAGCAAUGCUUCGCGAACGUGAUGACCAGCUCCUGCAUCCGCUGGGCCCGACAGCAUCUUGACGGGUUCAAUGCACUUCUCGGCCGUCAGCUCAGCAGUGUACAACGCGGCACCUCGGUUUGGCAGAAGUGUUUGGAUAUUGUCCGCGCUCAUGCCGACCUCCUGGCCGAGGUGGGCGUCGAUUUUACAGAUCUGGUAGCUCGCGGAUUGGACGAGCAGGGCGAGCCGGCACUUUCAGGCGACGGGCCUCGCACCGUCCAGCCAGGUGAGCUGGCGCCUGCUCCGACCGCGGCGAACAUGAUUUAG